AUGCCUUCCUACUUUUACCACCUCACCUUUGAACUCUACCCGACGUCGAACCCCACGGACAGGGACCCCCAGUACCGCAGCCCCGGAACUCUGGGUCCCCCGCACGAGACCGACAUCUUUGGCGACUUGCCAUCACAUCAGCAUCGAAGCAAAACCAACCCCAAAAUCAAAACCGCUCCUCGAUUGUACUCGACAGCUCACAUUCAACCCCAAUCCAGCGGCCAAGCGAGCAGCAGCUCUCACACGGAGCCCGGACCAAGCGUAAUCGACUGUGGGGCAGAUCGGAAACCGCACGAGGAGGACCGUCGCAAGAUUGAAAUAGUCCCCGAGAGAAAGUGGAGGGAACGGACUAAGAGCCUGCCGCCGCCCCCAUCCUCUGCUGCCAUUCAGCCUCAGACUGCGGUGAGGGACUGGAGAUUUGGCCGAGUGAGCAUCGAGAGUAUCGAUUUCCAACAAGAAGAGGAGCGCGAGGUGACAGACGCGACGAUGGGCGAUGCGGGACCGAGCUCGGCAGCCACCGAGAAUCCCAACGCUGCUGCGUUUGCUGCCCUGGAGCUGGGACCGACGCUGGGCGGCGACGGCUCCUCUACGAGGGCAGAGUGCGUGUCCGUCCCCACCAAGAAUACAGAGGUCGGCUGGGGUGUUGUCCACUUUUACCGGGGAGAAGAGAUGCCUACGGUAGGACUAACGGCCGGCGGAGCCUCUACGGUGGGACCAGAAGAGGAUGGGUGCACGACGCUCUGCAUCCCUGCCGUUCCGAGCUAUAUCCUUCCUGCAGAAUUUCUCGGCUUCGUGGGUGAGAAAUGGAGAUCUGGUGUCACCCAUUUCCGCAUGGUCAUGACGUCUCGGAUGAGCCGCUACCUCGUUCUUUUGAAGUUUCGCGAUAACAAGAAGGCCAAGGAGUGGCAAAAGGAGUUUAACGGCAAAGUGUUCAACUCCAUGGUGCAUGUAUUCCACUGCACGUGUCUACAAAACUGGUCGGGUUCAGGGUGUCCGGUCUGUCGGUACUCGAACCCGUCACACAACGACGCGUCCGGGAGCCAUGCGCCGGCGUUUGGCUCAUCCAUCUCCAAUCUCUGCGCGGUGUGCGACUCGACCUCGGACCUUUGGAUUUGCCUUAUUUGUGGCCGCGUGGGCUGCGGAAGGUAUAAGGGCGGGCACGCCAAAGAGCAUUGGAAGGAGACGGCACACAGCUUCGCACUAGAAAUUGAGACGCAGCAUGUCUGGGACUAUGCCGGGGACACUUGGGUCCACCGGCUUAUUAGGGCCAAAGGGGACGGCAAGGUUGUCGAGCUCCCAAGCCAUAACAGAGAGGGUCACUCAGAAGAUGAGGACGUAGUUCCGCGGGCCAAGGUGGAGGCGAUGGGCCUUGAGUACACGCACCUAUUGACGAGCCAACUGGAAUCGCAGCGGGUGUAUUUUGAGGAAAAGAUUGCACAGGCCGCGGACAAGGCCCACAAAGCGACUCUCCUGGCGGAAAGCGCCGCGGCAGAGUCAUUAGCAGCGAUGGAGAGGAUACGUAUCACGGAAGCUAAGUGCACAGAGCUCCAGAAAGACGUUAUUCCGAGUCUCGAAAAGGAUCUCAAGCGAGAAAAGGCCAAGGCUGCGAAGACACAUGACUUGGCGAGGAAUCUCGGCAAGGAGCUUCAAGAGGAGCGGCAGAUGAGCAAGGGCUUGGCUGACCGAGUUGAAUACAUGAAGAAGCAAGAGCUGGCGAUCCAGGACCAACUUAAGGAGCUUGAGGAGCUCAGGGAGACCAACCGCGACUUGAGUAUGUUCAUAUCGGGGCAAGCCAGGUUGAAGGAACUGGAAACCUCAGGCCAGGUAGAAAGCGGCGAGCUGGAGGAAGGUACCGCAAUGGUGGGUAGCAAGGCUCGCAAGGGCAAGGGCAAGAAAUGA